UUAAUACUCCCAAGUCUCAAACCAAUGUGAAACAGCCUCAGCACAAUUAAAAGCAUCCAUCGACGGCUUCACAGCAUAUGACUCUCCCGAUCAAUUUUAGACUCUCAGACGUUUGCCGGAAGCUCCCCGGUGUGAUCUUGAUCGCGAAACAGCCGCCGAUUGGGCAGCGACCCUACGCAUCGGCUUCGCGGAUGGAGGCGGCAGAAGGUGCAAAGUCGAAUGGCCUCUCCUCUUCUGGAUCAGGAUCCAUGAAGAAGAGAAAGCCUACUCGGCCAAACUUCGAGGCAGAUGAGCCAUCCUCAGCCGGAGCAGGUGGUCCUUUUAAGGCAGUUGUUCAGGAGCGAUCCCCGUCGCAAAGCACUGAUGUGCAUGCUGGCAGGGAGGAUCAACUAAAAUAUGUUGAACAAGACCCCGAAUCUUAUGCCCGUAAAAAGUGGCGCGUUGAGCAAAACGCUGGUAUAUCUCUAAUAGAACUGCAGGAUCGACCUCCUCAGGCUCAGGCACUCCAAAAUAUCUCAAUACCCACAGGUCAGUCAAAGGAGGUAUGUAAUGAACUUGCUACUAGUCUUCAAGAGUACGGGUCACAUGAUGCUCAGGUUACAAGGCUUCUCAUUGCUGAGAGACAGAGACAGCUUACUCAAUCUUACAAGGCUCGAAUAAGACAGCUGAAAGAUGAUCUAUCCUUGUCAAGAAAAGAUGUAACAAGUAUACAGUCAAACAUGCCGGAGGCCUUGGUAGAAAAGAACUCUCAAAUUGUGGCCCCAAAGAAGCAGCUGGCCCGAUCUGCAAGUGGCCCAGCUUCAUUGCAGGAGCACGGAAUGGUACUGACAGAUCAAAGCAAUGUUGCUGAUUGCUCCAAUCAGUUAUGUGAUUUACCAGAUGAGGUUCUUCUUCAGAUCCUGUCGUUCCUCCCUCUGAAAGAUGCGGUGAGAACUAGCGUGUUAUCUAAAAGGUGGGAGCAGCUUUGGGCCUUUGUUCCGGAUCUUCACUUCAAGAAUUCUGACUUGUCUAAGAGGCCGCUCUUCUUGGACUUUGUGGGAAGAGCUUGUGCUCUUCGCGGCGAGUCUGCUGUGAGAGAAGUAUCUCUCUCAUGUGAGGUAGGAGGAGCUGUAUACCGCAUCAAGACAUUGAUUACAUCUAUCGUAACACGUAGUGUAGAGGAUCUCUCUCUGUUCCUUCCUAGCCCUAAAAGGCCUUACCUGUUACCUUCCUCCAUAUUUAUGUGUGCAACCUUGGAAAGGCUUCUGGUGCAAUCACACUGCUUCAUCAAACUCCAUUCUUCGAUAUGUCUUUCGAAACUCAAGGUGUUGAUUCUUUCGGAGGUCAUAUUUGAGGAUAGUGACUCAGUGGAGAAGUUGUUUUCCCUUCCGUUACUUGAAAAGUUAGUUGUCGGUAAUUGUUAUUGGAGGAAACUCAAAAGCAUUCGCAUUUCUGCCCCGAAGCUUCAACAUUUAUGUAUCAACAUAUUGCCGCGCGGAUCAUUUGGCCGCCUAGUACAGAUCAAUGGAGCUUGUCUCAAGUCCUUUCACUAUCAUGGUGGGCCCAUUGACGAGUAUUGCAUAUCUGGAGACACCAGACAGCUAGUUAAGGCUAAGCUCCUGCUUUAUCCAGGCCGUGGGAGUAGAGAAGUAGCCCAGGGUUACAAGCUCCUCUCAGUCUUCUCCAAUGUGAAGGAGUUAGCUCUGUCUGACACAGUUGUACAGGACCUUCCCACAGGGUAUGAGCUUCCUCUGUUCAGUAAUAUGAUCAAGUUAAAAUUGGGUGGGAUAAAUUCUUCGACAAUCAAUGGCGUUUGGGCAUUAGUGAGAAGAUCUCCUCGUCUUCAGAGUCUCUACUUUAGACAGGGAGUCAACUACUAUCCGGAAAUUGGAAGAGAUGAGUUGCUGCACCCAUUGCCUUCGUGUUUCUUCACGGAGCUCAAAAAGAUAUCUCUCGUGAUUUUCCAUGGAAGAUAUGGUCGAAAGCAGCUAUUCAUGGUAGGGAUCUUUCUUGAGAAGGCAUUGGCUCUGAGAGAAAUGGUUAUCCACGUAGCGGAGUACUGUAUAGGCAAGGAGAAUCUGCUGAAGGAUUUAAAUAACAUUUCCAAAGGGUCAAAGAAAUGUCGAAUCUCAUUGCAACAACUAGUGGUUUAGACUGGACAUCUUGGAGACUAAUGUAGGCCAUCAUAAUUCAACUUCUAUCGUUCUUUUGUUAGGUGUCUCCUUGUUUAAAUUUCUUUGCAAGUUUGGUUUGAUUUUAUCCUUAGAGACACAGUUGAGGAAAUAUGCAAAUUUAAAAUCCUAUGUCAAAAGGGGUUCUGGAACUAA